AUGCCAUCAGAACCAGGGGCUGUCAAAGGCUUUGUCAAUUUGAUGGUGUGGUUGUCUUUCAGACCUCGACCACUUGACAUUCACAAGAAGCUCCCCAUCCUCAAGUCCUUCAAGGACUUUGAAGACGACGAGACACCCACUUCUACCCGUAAUUCCCAAUUGCUACGCAUUGUUCCUGAGGUCGAACAUGAGGCACAUGUUCCACAUGCUCCCAGCAAGAAACUGGCCUCUGAAAUACCCACUCCUCAGUUUGUUUAUGUGGAUACAUUUGAAAGGGACUAUUCUUGUACUUUCGUUCAACCAACUUCCUAUUUGCGGGCAAGAAGAGCUAGGGCCGAGAUUGGAGAGUUUGUUGAGUAUGACUUAGACAAUGAAGAUGAGGAUUGGCUUUCAGAGUUUAAUGAAGAAAAGGAUUAUUCUGAUACCUGA